AUGGAAAAAGAACAUAGAAAGAAAAAAUCAGUUGGAAAUCUAUUUGGGCAUUCCAACAGUUCGCCCAAUCUCAAAUCAUAUUUGAAAGAUGAUGGGCCACAGAAAGAGGGUUUUGCUGAUAUACCAGAGAACGAGGAAAUUUCAAGUAAUCUAUACAAAGUUCAAUCAACACCCACUUCACCACUUUCAUCAACUAAUAAUAUAUCAUUAAAUAGUAGUGGCAAUUCAAUUGGAGGCGGAUCACCAUCACCUUCAUCAUCAUACCAAAACUCACCAAUUAUGAACAGUAAAAAGAAACCAUCUAGAUUAGCACAGGCAUUUAAAAGAGUGAAACACAAUAAUAAAUUAAAAAAAGAGAUUGAGGAGUUGUCAUCAAAGACUGGUCUUAAUCAGCAAUAUACAAGAUCGAAUUUGCCAUUUAAUAUAAUACCAGAUUCUUCAGUGGAUGGUGGUGGUGGUGGUGGGGGUGCCCCAUCGGGUCAUAGUAGACAAAAUAGCAAGGUUUCUAAAAAACAUCAAAGAAAAUCAAGAUUCAUCGAACCAGUAGCUCUAUCGACCGAGGAUUAUUCAGAUAUACCUAGAAUUAUUAAAGUAUCAAUCGAGUUUUUGUUUGAAAAGUGUUUAAGGGUGCCUGGUUUAUUUAGAGAGUCUGCAAAUGCUUUAGAGCUUCAACGUUUGUCUCAAAUUUUCGAAAAGGGUGAGGAUAUUGAUUUGUCAAAUUAUAAUGACCCACAUUGUAUAGGUGGUUUAUUAAAGUUGUAUUUUAGAGAAAGACCAUCACCAAUAUUUCCAUAUGAUUUGCAUAAAACAAUUUAUAAUGUUUUAAAUGAAGAGGAUUCAUCAAAUAAAAUCAGAAUGUUAUUAGAGAAUGGUUUAUCAAAAGGUCAAUAUUUAAUAUUAAGAUAUUUAUUUGAACUAUUAAAUUCGGUACAUAAUAACAGUGAACAUAAUAGAAUGAAUUAUCAAAAUCUUGCAAUUUGCUUUGCACCUUCAUUAAUUCAAUCAUUCGAUACUUCGUGUAUCGAUGUUAUCGAAAGACUAAUCGAUCAAUAUGAAGCAAUAUUCUCAGUAGUUGUAGUUGUAGAUAAUGGCAGUAAUGGUGGCAGCAUAGAUUUAUCAUCCUCUCCAACAAUAUUAACCGAGUCAUUAGUGGAUUCAAAUAAAAGUGGUGAUGAUAAUAGUAAUAACUAUCAAGUUGUAUUGGACUCUUCUCAAGUGUUGGAUCAGCUAUAUAGCAGUAAUAGUGGCCAUUUAAGAGCAAGCAACGGUAUAAAGAAAUCGCCAUUACUAGGUUCAAGUAAUCUUAGAAAGAGUGUAAGUCCAAAAUUAAACAAUAGAAAGAGUGUAAACUUUAAUAAAUUAUCAAAUGAGGUUAUACCACCACCAAAUAUGGAUAUUCAAGAUAAUGAUGAGGAGGUCGAAGAAGAUGCCGAAGUAGUAUCAAGACCAAGAAAGAAUUCUACAGCAUUGUAUUUAUCAAGAGUAGGACGUAAUAGACCCAACUCUUGGAAUACUAAUAAAAAACAAGCACCAAAAAAUCAACUUGGAUCAACUCCAACUAAAAGAUUGCACAGUGUUAACUCAAUCGAUUAUAACAAACCAGCUGAACCAUUCGAUAGAUCUGCAAUUAAUAUUAAUAAAGGAUCACUAAAUAAACAAAUGACUAUUAUAAACCCAUCGCCAUCAACACCAGAAAGUGACUGUACUUCAAUAGGCAGUGAUGAAGAUGAAGAAUUAAAGAUUAUUAAACCUCUCAGUAGAUCCCCAAGUGUUAACAAUUUAGUAGAGGAGGUAAACAAGUUAAAUAUGGACAUCGAGUCAACCAAUGUCAAUUGUGGUGGUACAGUAGAUAACAGCACCUAUUAUAGAGGAGAUGAUUCAACUGACACAAACAAUAAUACCACUUCAACUACCACAGCACAGGGCACCCCAGUUCUUGCUACUCAUUAUUCAAAUAUUGAAAAACCAGUAUAUAACUAUAAUAGAUUUUUACAACCUGCAAAUAGAUCAUUAUCAAAUCCAAAUAUUAAAAACUUUUCAGUUCCAGCAAGUUCUACAGCAAUUAGCAAUCAUUCAAAAUAUAAUAAAAGAAGUUUAUUUUCGCCAGUUAGAAAGCAAUCGAUUGUUUCAUCCAAAAAAAAUACAUUUUCUGGUACAGCCUCACCAACAUUUAAUAGUAGCAACAGCGGCAUCAGUGAUAGUGGCACCAAUACUCCUUCACUUUCGACUCAAUCAUCAAAAACUGAUUUAACAUCUUCAGUUAGCAGUAUAAGUAGCAACAUCAGUACAAGCAGCAACAGUAGUACAAGUAGUAAUAUUAGCACAAGUAGUAGUGUAGGCAAAGGUACCACAGGUAAUAGCAUUAGUACAAGCAGUAAUAUUGGAAAAAAUGCUACUACCACUACCACUACCACCACCGUUAGUCAUAAUAAAACGCCAUCUACAUCAUCAGCAUCCUCAAUUUCUUCAGGUGCAGCAACUACAAUAAGUCCAAUUAAAAAAGUUUCACAUCAACACACAAACUCUUUAUCAUCAAUACCACCAUCAAUAGUCGGUGGCAGUGGAAGUGCAGCAUCAUCUUCAACAAACAGUAACAGCAGUUCACCAAACCUUACAUCAUCAACACCCUCACCAGUUAGACCAUCUUUGAACCACACAGUUUCAGCAUCAACAUUAAUAUCCAAAUUUAAUCAGUUUGAAAAUAACAAUAAUCAAUCACCCUCAACUGCGAAUUGGAAAAGUGGAGUCGAAAAAAAUAAACAAGCCCCUGUAAAAAAAUCGGUUUCUAUAUUUGAAAAGAAAUCAUAA